UAAGGUUACUAAAAACGUAUUGAGAAAUAAUUGUUAAAAUGUUAUCGUUAGUACGUAAUCGUGAAACCAACAAUAUUAUAAUGACAUUAAAAGUUAUGAAAUUUUCAAAUUUUGUUGACAACACAACAGAAUUUCGAAUAUUAAAAAUCUUACCAUUUAAUAAGAAUAAUAUAAAGAAAAAACCAAACACAACAAAUAUACCACAUUUAAUACCUAAGAUUCAAAAGAUGUCAUUUGAUGAAGAUUGGCAGGCACAUUGGCCUACUGCACAUACAUUUGAUCCUUACAUUGUACCAUUUCCUGUACGACAAGGAUAUCAAAAUUCUAAAGGCAUACAUCCUAAUAAAUAUGCAAAUGCAGAGCUAUUGAAAAUUCCAAACUUUUUACAUCUUACUCCACCUGCGGUUAAGAAACAUUGUGAAGCAUUAAAAAAAUUUUGUACUAAAUGGCCAAAAGAAUUGGAAACGGAUGAGACAUGUGCAACAUAUUUUCCAGUUGAAAUAAUCACAUCUGAUUAUUGUUAUUCAUCUCCAACAAUAAGAGAACCUCUUGCUAGAAUAGUGAGUUUAAGAGUAAAACUAUCUUCUUUACAUUUAGAUGCUCAUGCUAAAGAUAAAAUAUUUAGAUUAUUAGGUGAUAGAUAUAAUUCUCAAACAGAUGUAAUAACAAUAACUGCAGAUAAAUGUCCAGUUAGAAAACAAAAUUUAGAUUAUGUAAAAUACCUCCUAACUGCAUUAUAUCACAUAUCUUGGCGUGUUGAACCAUGGGAGACAGAAAAAUCUGAAUUAGACAUGGAAUACUAUGACUGGGAUAAAAAUAAAAGCAGAGAAUCUUUAAUAUUUACCUACAAGUGGCCAAGAAAACCAACUGAUUUUAACUAUGAUUACAUUCCACAUGCAACAGACUAUAAGAAGGCAGUUACUGACUUACUAAAUAAAGGAGAGAAAGAUCAAUCUUUGAUCAACAACUACAAACAAGCUGUUAAAAAUGUAUUAAAUUUGAAAUAUCAUGAAAAUAUAGAAUAA